GUUACUGCUGUUAACUUCCAGUGGUUUGAACCAGAAAUUAUGUUAAUUUUGAAAGCUUUUAUAUUGCUAUUGAUUACAUUGCUUGGCGAUGUCCACGGCCGAUCAAACGCCAAACAUAAGCAAAAUGUUUUUUUGGGUCGACUUAAUCAUGUAGUUCAAAGUCAUUUACAACAACAAGAUUUUUCGACAUUUUUUUAUCAUGGACAUCCCAGAAAGAAGAAAGAUUUAGCUUUAGAAGGAAAUCGUGCUAUUUGGAUAGACAGAAAUUCUAAGAACAUCCAAAGAGUCACUGUACCCGUCAAAAAUUAUGCACCGAAGAAAAGACGUCGACAUUCCAAUGAGGUUCAGUUUGCUGCAAUGGGAAAUCAUUCUCGUAAGGUUGUCAUCAAACUGUCAAAUGAUGAUUUCAACAGACAUAGAAAACGACCAAUUGAAAAACAAAGGCCAGACCAAAAUCCAAAUUCUUAUCCUAAUCUUAAAUCGAGAUCUAGUGGCAAACCUAUUCGAGAAUGUAAUCAUCAUGAUGAGGAUUCUGGCAAAGUCUUUCCAGAUCUCCCAAGUUUUGAAGAACUCCAGGUGGGCGAUAUAACUAUAGACACAACAUUUAGAAUAACCGACGACUGUUCCGUGAUGUCAAGUAAAACGGAAAACCUCUAUCAAUUCACUUCCAGUCCCCUUGACUGUGUUAAUCUUGCUAUGCUUCUUGCAAAGGUUUUACCAAAUAGUAAAGUAGAUUUCGAAUCAACAACAUUUAUGACAUUGGAAAAUAUCGUUAUACGAUCUUUUUCUUUGGAUAUUUCAAACAAAGAAGUUCGUAUAUCUGCAGGAUAUACGGACACUGUGACCCUUAUUGAUGACAUUCUUACCAUUUCAAACAUUCGCGUAGAGUUUUCAUUUUUAUGGACACGAUGGGAGAAAGUUGAAUUCAAUAUGGCUGGGAGUUUUUCUGUUGGGAGUACUCCUGUUGAUAUAAGAGUCAUUCGAAACGAACAGGGUUACUAUCUCAGUGGUCAUGCUCUUUCCAACAUCACAGCGACGUCUUUAAGUCGUUUAUUUAAACAAGAAUGUUCAUUUCUUCCUAAAAAUUGCCACACAACUCAACUCAAACGUGCUGGUUUUGAUAAAUUCAACAUCAUCAGUCCACGGAUAAAGGCAACGUUUGCUGACGGCUUUGGAUUCCUUGUAGAGGGCUCUGUCCAAUUCCUGUCAUGGGCACCUUUUAACGUGAAUGUUCUUAUUAAUAAACCAAACGAUCUUGAAACAACCGUCACCAUUGCCGUGUACACGUCAUCAUUCUCCAUAGCAACCGUGUUAAAGGAUUUAUUUGAGAUUGAUGUAUCGGAUGUACCCGUCCUUGGUAGUGUCGAAGUGAGGAAUAUGGCAUUCUCCCUUUCGACGGGCGAUGUUCCAACCCCCCUGACAGUUUUGGAAAUUGGUUCUGAAGAUAUUUUUGAUAUACCAUACCAGAAAGGAUUAAAGAUUUCUUUUGAAAUCCCCAUUGCCGAAAUCUAUGUGUCUUCAUUCCUAUUCAUCUCACCGAAUGAGAUCAGUUGUACCAUAUCUCAAAAUGGCGAACUUACUCUUGGUAACGUUAUUCAAGAGUUUUUACCAGAAAACAGUUUUACGGAAACCACCGAUGACAUGACGACCUUAAAAUCUUGGCCUUCGUUUUUGCCCGAUCCUCUUACCAUGGCUUUGCUCUCAUUUCAUCUCGAGGCUGCAAAACCACAAAAUUCUUGGACUUUGACAAAAAUGAACAUGAAUUUAAAGAUACUUCAUGAAAUUAGUUGGCUAAGUGGAAGACUUCGUAUAAAUGAUCUUGAGUUAGAAUUGAACUACGACAAGUCAAAGUGUGAAACUAAUGCAUUAUUUGGUGUUGUCUCCGGUAAAGUUUGUAUUGGUGAACAAAGUUGUUCAAUUCCUUGUGUCGAUAUUAGAAUUCCUUUUCCUUUUGCUAAUGAGGAAAUAUCGUUCACAUUCACCGAUUUUAGUGUUAAGAAUAUCGUAAAUGCUUUGGCUGGCUCCCAAGUGACAUUCCCUGUCGACUUUCCUGAGUUAUUUGAACAAAUACAACUGGAUAAAAUUGCAAUAGGUUUUGACAAAAAGAGUUCGUUUUCAAAAGUCUCUAUUGACGCAAGUAUAGCUGGACUUUGGACUGUUUUUGGUAGUUUCUCAAUUGGUAAUGUUGAAAUACAUUUUCUCUAUGAAAAACACAAUGAUGAAGUAGGUGGUGCAACAUGGCGCAUCCUUCUGCAGGGAGAUUUUGUAUUUGCAAGUUGUACUAUCGGUGUGCAAGCUGAGUUUGGAACUGAUCGUUUGAGUUUCGAUGCAAAUGGCGAAGACUGCUCUGCAUCCAUCGCAGAUAUUUUAGAAAAAGCAAACAUGAACGGCAUUGAGCUUCCUUCUAUCAUUGCAGGCUUUAGUAUCUUUAAUCCACGACUUAAACUUGAGUGGCAACGUAGUGGAGAUAAUAAAGGCAGUAAAUCCCUCGCUUUUUCUGCUACGACUAACGUCUUUCAUCAAAGUGAGAUUGAAUUGGCUGUCAUCCGUCAUGAGCAACAAUCGGCUAUCGUAGCUGGCUUUGCUGUAGAGGCUAAUGCUAUAUCAGAAAUUAGUUUUCUCAGUUCAUUAGGUCUUAAAAAUGUCGCUGUUGUUUAUGUCAGCAGAAAAAUAUCUAUCGCUCCGUAUACUUUCCUCAAUCCUGUGUUUACGAAAUAUAUUACACCAACACCAGAAUCUACUGGCAUCACUAUUUACGGUAGCUUCGAGCCAAAUCCCAACAAUAUGCUAGGGAAAAUUUUACAUGAAGGUGCCUACAAAGAUCCUUCACUCAAGCCUGCGUAUGGUAACAAUGUUGCCAUAAUCGUAAAGAUAUCUUAUCCAAAUUUUAUUUUUGAGUUGGAAGUUGAUCUUGGUGAUGAAGGUCUUCAAAUCGGUUCUAUCUCCGGCUGGAAGUUUACAUACAUGAAACUAAUCAUAAGUAAACGUCUUAUUGGUUUGUCUUUGCAAUGUAAAGUUAACUUGGAUAAUGAAAAGAGUCCCUCUGUAUUUACUGGCGAGGUUUCGCUUACAUUUAGUGGAACAGUGACUAUAUCUAUGUUAUGGGAAGGAAGUUGGAAUAAUCCUUUAGGUAUUAGUAAAAGUUUUACCAUUCGUCGUAUGGGUUUGUCUCUUGGUAUAAACAUCGCUAGUCUUUUACCGAGUUUUGGCAUCACUGGUUCAAUGAAGGUGGAUAUUCCAAGUGCUACGUCAAUCAACGUUGGCUUAAGUUUGUGUAUCGAUCCUUCGUCUCCCUACAAUACCGUGUUUGAUUUACAUUUCACUCGACUCCUUCUGAGUGAUCUUAUUAAUAUCUUUGCUGGAAAGGAGAUAAAGUUACCGAAGAAUUUAGCCGACGUUGGCUUCCCUGAUGAAGUAAGAAUUUAUGUUUCACCUGGUGGUAAUCCUUCCUGUUUUGGUAAAAGUUAUGAUCCUGGCGUUGAAAUACGCGGCACCUUUCAAAUUCCAUUCCUUUCUAUUCGUGCACGAAUUCAUCUCAGUAUUAAUCUACAACCGAAUUUUCUAUUGGACGCUGAUCUUCAACUUGAUCCAAUAAUAUAUCUCGAUGGUUUAAUGAAAAUCGUCAACGCGGAUACUGAUACUGAGGGCGCACAUUUAAGAAUGCGUCUUUCUCAAUCAUUAAAAGAUUUAGAAAUAUACGGCUCUUGUCGAGUUGAAAUAUUUGGAGCAAUGAUUUCUAUAAAUCUUCAAAUCAACAUGCACAAGUUUUUCUUUGAGGGACGUCUUAAUCUUUGGAAUUUGUUCCAAGUUCGUAUUUUAGUAGACAUAUCGUUGACGGCUACAUCGCCAUCUCUUCAUGUUGUCGGCGAGAUGCAAAAUGAUUUCUUUGCUAAAAUCAAGCAAAAAGCCGCACAAGGCAUUCAAAAAGGCGCCCUCUUAAUCUCCGAGAAAAUCCAAGGUGCCAUUGGAAAGAUCGAUAAUGCAAAACACGAAGUUAACAAUCUGGAAAAUCUCAUUGAUUACCAUCGGAGAAAGAUCGAAGAAGCAAAACAUGAAUGUAGUCAAGCUCCAUGGUAUAAAAAAUACAUUUGCAUAGGAACAGCUGCGAAGGUUGUUUAUCAUGGUACAGUAAUGGGUACUUUAUGGCUCGCACAUAAAGCAGCUAUAGGUGUCUUGGAGGCAGCAAAAUAUUUCUUAAAAGGAGUUCAAGCUAUCAUUAAGGUCGGUGCCGACGUUUUACAACAAUUAGUGAAUGCAGCUUUAAGUCUUAUUGAUAUUCAGUAUGUGAAAUUUGACAUGCAACUAAGCAAAGUUACGAAAGUCUUCAACUUUGACGCAAGAAUUGUCAUCUUGGACUGGACGUUUGAGCCUCAUUUCUCCAUAGAUUUCUCCAGCUCGCAAAGUGCUAACGCUGGCAUUAAUGCUGUAAGCCAAGAUGUUUCUGACAUGACCUUGAAAAACGUAAAGAAAUAAGGAAAUGAUGUUCAUUGUAUGAUGAAUCAUAAUGUUUGUUCAAUUGAAUUUUUGCACAUAGUGUAUUAUUUCUUUAGCUUUAUUAGUUUUAAAAUGAUUUCUGAGAAAAUUGUUAACGUUUAAAUUUAGUGACUGUAGAAUUAAAAAUUCUCAUCGUAAAAGUUUUUUAAACUAACUUUAAGUAAAAUUGUAAAAUUUUGCAAGUACGAUCUUCAAGUUAAAUAAAAUAAACUGUUGAAUAGUGUUGACACCAUGGAA